AGGGCUACCACUUACUGAUAUUACUGUUUUUUUGUCGUUAUCUUUGGCUCAAUAAUUUAUUUUUAAUAAAUUAUUUUCCAUUUAACUAUUGAUAAGAGUGAAAAAAAGAGAAAAAAUAAAAAAGACUUUUUAAUUUGAAAGUAGCGAAAAACAGCCUCCUAACCUCAAAAAGUAAACUUGUAGCUUUUUGAUCUUUGACCAUUUUUGAGUUUUGACCGUUUUUAACCUACAGAAAUUGUCUGCUGAAAAAUAACACCCGUGCGCGGAUGACACUCAAUGAUACUUCAGUAAUCAGUAGCAGUAUAUUGCACUAGAUUGCACAAGCAGACCGUGAGCAAAUGGUUUAUCGCAAUUUCUCGACCGUUUGAGGUUCGUGUGUUUGUCGAUUGUCGGUCGCUUAGAAGAAUAUAGUGGGAAAUGUCGAUGAAUCGUGAAAGUCAUCCUUUUCUACUCAGUGUACAUUAUUAGAAAAUGCGAUCGCCGUAUGGAAGCAUUUGAUAGUGUUCUCAUGGCAUCGUUGAAAACUUCUUCGUGUGAAUCAUAUCAAAUUCCUAAUCUACGAAUAGUAUCUUGUUUCGUUGAAACACGAUGGGAAUUUACUUUAGUAAAUUAGGAAAAAUUCGACUUCAUGAGAAAGUAGGGUCGAAAAUUGUAACAAACAACCAUGAUGCUGAACAAAUGCAAUUCUUACCUUAAUCUUGAGGGGGCAAGAACUACCUGUUACUCCGUACAAGAUGCAGCGUUUGCGAUCCGCCAGAUCAGGCGCAAAGAUGUCAAGGAGACUGAGCUUUUACAUUUUAGUCGGCCUGGCAACCGUCUUCAUUUUCUUUCUAGCCCUAAAUCAACAUUACAACAACUAUAUCGAACACCGUCUGCAGCCUAUAAUAUCGGAUGCCGAGUUAAGGUCACGGCAUGUAAAAAUACAGCAAACGUACACGAGUUACAUUAGAGGAACAGCCGACGACGCAACACAAUACGAAAUUCAAGAUGUGAUACAGCAACAAAGAAGGUCCAUUGAAAUAGAAAUGGACGGUUAUGCAUAUACUAAUGGAAGUAAUCUAGAUGAUUUUGUAAUGGAAAAAGGAGGUAGGCCAUUGAGAAGUAUCAUUCUAACAAGCUGGCGUAGUGGAAGUACUUUUCUUGGGGAAGUUAUCAAUGCCCAUCCUGCCACUUAUUAUCAUUAUGAGCCACUAUUAGACUUUGGAAUUAUACAAGUGAGAGGAUCGCCUCUUGCCGAAAUGGCCCUCCAAAAUAUUGAAGCGUUGCUCAAGUGCAAUUAUACAAAUAUGGAGCAUUAUUUGAAUUUCGGGAAGCUUCAUGUUUGGCUCUUUAAUCAUAAUUCCCCUCUCUGGAAACAAUGCCAGAUGCACAAAUCUAUAUGCUGGGAUCCACGUUUUCUUAAUUCUUUUUGUAGAUUAUUUCCUUUUCAAUCAAUGAAGGUUGUACGCUUAAGGCUACGUCUUGUCGAAAAACUUUUAGCACAAGAAAGUUUGGGAGUGAAGGUGGUAUUAUUGGUUCGGGAUCCGCGAGGUAGUUUACAGUCUCGGAGUCACCGAGAUUGGUGUCCAACUGAACCCGAUUGUUCUGAUCCAGCUCUUUUAUGCGCCGAUUUGGUAUCUGACUUUAAAGCAGCUAAGAAAUUUUCUAAAAAGUAUCCUCAGAAUUUCAGGAUCGUACGAUAUGAGGAUCUAUCGGUAGAUCCAUACGAAUAUGUAAAAGAUCUGUAUAAAUUUUAUGGUCUUGAUUUACAUCCAAACAUCAAGCGAUAUCUGGAUACCCACACAAAGACUGAUUAUGGAGCCGUGUCGAGUACUUUUAGGAAUUCUAAAGCAGCUCCAUUCCAUUGGCGAACAGAUUUGGAUUUUGAAGAAGUUCAAGAAAUACAGGAUGCCUGUUCAGUUGCUAUGCAGCUCUGGGGAUACGUACAGGCUGUGAAUGCCACCCACCAAAAGUAUUUUAAUCCAAUAACGAAUUUCAGUCUAGAUCAUCCUGUUGAUGUCAAUGAUAUUUUUUGACAUUUAUUGGUAUUAGCACUACUCAGCACGCGGACAUUUUUUACUUUUAAAUAACAGAAGAAAUAUAUCACUUGAAGACGGGAUGAAUGUUUUAG